GCGAUUAAGCAAAAACACUCAAACACAUACCAAAAAAAAAAUACACAACAAUUUCCCAAAACAGCUAAAUUCGAAUCUCUCUUUCUAUCUCUCUUACAAUGGCUUUCUCGAAAUCUUUAGGGUUUCUUCUUCUCGCCGCUCUUCUGAUUUCUUCCGCGGUGGCUCAAUCUCCGGCUCCAGCUCCAUCUAGCGGCGGAGGAAGGCGGCUCUCACCGGCGCCUUCACCUAAAAAGAUGACUCCUGCACCGGCGAUUUCUCCUUCCCCUGAAACCGCAUUGACUCCUGAAUCGUCUUCCUCUCCUCCUUCGCCGCCUCUAGCAGAUUCUCCUUCAGAUUCGCCGGCUGUUACUCCGUCUUCGAUCUCCAACUCUCCGUCUGAAGCUCCCGGUCCUGCGCUAAGCGGUGCCGUUUCGAACAGCUACUCCGUCUUUGGAUCCGUUGCGGUUGUGUUAACCGCUGCCGUCUUUGCUCUGUAGGUUCGAGGAAUGAAGAUUUUCAGAGGAAGUAGUUUUUAAUUAUUCAUUUUAUUUAAGACAUAUAUAUGAGCUUUUGCAGAGAGAUGAUUCUUUUUUUCUUUUUUAAAUUUCAGAAUACUACUAUUUGUUUCUCCUAUUUGUUUCUCCUAUUUGUUGAUCAUAUGAGCGUUUUUAUCCAUCCAUAUUAAUGAGUUUAUCAAAUUCAAAUA